AUGAAACUAAUACAAGCAAAUAAAAAAGGUCGUUGGGAGAAAUGCUGGGAGCAAGGAGACACAGGAUGGGAUUUGGGUCAGCCAACGCCUGUAGUGCUUCAACUUUUUGAGAAGGAAACCCUUCCCAAAGGCAGAGUUCUAGUUCCUGGAUGUGGGGCUGGGCACGACGUGGUUGCAAUUGCAAACCCCGAACGCUAUGUAGUAGGCCUGGAUAUAUUGGAAACUGCCAUUAAGAGAGCAAGAGAGAUAUCUUCGUCAUCGCCCAGCGCCAAAUGUUUUGAGUUUGUAGAGGCGGACUUCUUCACUUGGCAUCGCACGAGAGCAUCUCGGGGAACACGAAUGCAUGAGCUGUUGAAACCAGAUGGGGAGCUCAUAACUCUAAUGUAUCCUACUACUGAUCCUGAUGGAGGUCCACCUUUUAAAGUUUCUGUGGCCGAUUUUGAAGAAGUUUUGCAUCCCUGGGGAUUCAAGGCGACUUCUAUAAUAGAUAACGAGCUAGCUGUAGGAAAACGAAAGGGCAAUGAGAAGCUUGGGAGAUGGAAGAGGUGUCAUUAAAAAUUUCUCUCCAUUUUGACUAAUGGAAAAGAAGAAAGCUAGUGUACUUGUUGUAUCUAUAGUAAAUAUUUCAUCUAUCUUGGCUCGUAAACACAAGCAGAGAUGUGACAAUCACAAUGACAACCAUC